GACAAUGAAAACGCCUUCUAAAAAUGGGAAGUGGAAAAGAAGUGGUGGAGGAGCUAGCUAUUAAUGAUCAUGAUAAAACCACCACACGAGAAAAAAAGAAAACUGCACUUUGAAGAAAGAGAAAAAAGAGCUCAAUAUCAAUGGAGAAGAAUAGCAACAGAGAGUGUAAAGUUUGUGUUACGGGAGGUUCCGGAUACAUAGGUUCUUGGCUUGUUAAGAAGCUAUUGGGAAAAGGCCACACUGUCCAUGCAACACUAAGAAACUUAGAGGACACAACAAAGGUAGGCCUUUUAAAGUCCCUCCCAAACGCAGACACCAGAUUGGUGUUAUUCCAAGCUGAUUUAUACAAAUCCGAUGAGUUUGAAAAUGCAAUUAAAGGAUGCCAAUUUGUUUUCCAUGUGGCUACCCCUAUGCUACACACUAUCCACACCUCUCAGUACAAGGGUAGUGUUGAAGCUGCUGUUUCAGGGGUGAGAAGCAUAGCUGAUUAUUGCAUCAAAUCGCAGACGGUGAAGCGACUCAUCUACACCGCAUCUGUGACAGCGUCAUCGCCAUUCAAAGAAGAUGGGAGUGGCUAUGGAUCUUCAAUGAACGAGUCUUGUUGGACUCCUCUUAACCUUUCAUAUACUAGCGUAAAUGAGUUUAUGAUGGGUUAUACAAAAUCAAAGGUAUUAGCAGAGAAAGAGGUAUUGAGGUAUAAUGAGAUUGAAAAUGGUAGAUUAGAAGUUGUAUCCCUGACUUGUGGUUUAGUAGCAGGAGAUACACUUCUUUCGUACCUGCCAUUAAGCUUAGACGUGACCAUAUCACAGCUUACCGGCAAUCACUCUAUUUACCAAGGACUAUGUUGUAUGCAAGAACUUUCAGGUUCAGUUCCUCUGAUACACAUUGAUGAUGUUUGUGAAGCACAUAUAUUCUGCAUGGAGAGACCAUCACUUAAAGGCAGAUUCAUAUGCGCCGCAACCGAUCCGACCAUCCGAGAAAUGGCAAAUUACUACGAAGAAACCUAUCCCGAAUUCAAGAUAUCACAAGAGUUCAUGGGUGGAGCAGAAAGAGGAAGCAGAUGUGAUCCUACAAAGCUUAUGAAAGAGGGGUUUGAAAACAAAUAUGAUAUGAAGAAGAUAUUAGAUGACAGUGUGGAAUGUGGAAGGCGACUUGGUGUUUUAGAGCCCCCAGCCUCCACUGAAAAUCAAUUGGUCACCUCUGCUUGAAGCUUUAGUGUGUUGAAAAUAAACUUGAUUUUAGAAUUUUAGUUGUAAUUUGUAUUUUCAAGUAUUUGGUAUACAUGAUGCAUGUGUGCAUUUCAUGUUAGUGGGGUAGUAAAUAGUCUUGAUGAAGAAGGUUAUGUAAGACUAAGAGGUAUGGGAAUUAAGUUUCUUAAAUACUAUGUUAGGGCAAGUUAUGCUACUAAUGGUUAUGUUAGUAGGAAUAAUGAGUGUAAGUAGGCCUUUAAAUGUAAUGGUUAUGCAUACAUAUGUGAUGCCUAUAUAAUCAUGUAUUUUAGUUAUUUUAGAAUAUGAAUUAGAAGUGGAAUAAAAUAAUUAUUCAAGUAUUCCUCCA